AAUUGUAUGCGCACGCCAAUGACAAUUGACAGAAUCAGAAUUGGAAAAGUCAAAAUGGUGGUUGAUUAUUUUAAAUAAAAAACGAAAAAUUGCGAAUCGGUAAAAAAUUAAAUUAACCCGAAUCACCCGAUCGAAAACGACUACGAAAUGUGCGAAAUAGGGCAAAUGUACGCGAUGCGUCCGUUAAUCGACCAUAACGGCCCCUUAGAAUUACCUCAGUGCAUGUAUAAAAUGCGAAAUCUCCAUUCGGGAAGAAAUGGUGAAGUGAUUAACGAUACGGGUCACGUUGUCGUAAGUAAAGGAAAUUUGGACACGUUCGAGCGGGUUUAUCAAUUUUUAAAGAACAUUAACCCACCUAGUAACAUGGUUGAAAUUGCUCAACGGCAAGACGAAAUUUUGCGCCAACUUAAUCUACUUCGAGAACAGAUGGUUAGUUUGAGAACAUCUUUAAAAUGUGAUGAUAAAGGUGAUUUGUCUGUUUCUUCAAAAAAAUCUAAUUUAAAGAUUGGGACAUAUUCAGCGGUGAUUAAUAUAAACACAACAAGACCACCUUAUUUCUUAGAAAUCCUUCAAAAAAUUUUACAAAACGUCGUAAUUUUACAAAUCACACCUCAUUUACACUCAUCCGUGAACUCUUGGCCUAAUGUGAUUAAAAACUGUCUUGAUAGAAUGGAAAAGAUUUCCGUUUCUAAUCAAAAUAAUUUACCGGUUAUAUCUUUAAGAGUAAUCGUCAAAAAUAUUGAUACCCAAACACAAUUAACUGUUUCGGACGAAACAAUAAUUGGUGAAGUAAACGUUUUACGAUAUCUUGCAAGAACUAUACCCUUGUUGGGGUACGAAGAUGCGAAUCCAUUUGAAAUUGAUCCAAUUUUGGACGCUUGUUAUUUUAUCGUUGAAGCUAAGAAUAAGUCAGCACGAGCCAAAUACAUCAAUUUUAUUUUCAAGAAAUUGGGGAUUAAACGGACAAAAGAUCAAUGGUUAUGUAAUGAAAAGAAUUAUACCAUUGCAGAUAUUGCAGUUUACGCAACAUUUAAAUAUUUAGAUGAAAAUGAAUUAAAUGUUACUUUAAAGAAGUAUAUGCAGUUCUGUAAAUCAACAUUUGAUAAUUGAUAGAACAAAUGUAAAUAAAUAUUAAUUGAGAGAGA